CAAGUUGAAGGUCGACCGGGGUACUGCAGACUGCCAUUAGCAACUAAACUUGUUUGCGAUUUUAAAAUGAUCGGUUCAAGGAUACCUGGUGUAUUAGAAUCAAUUCGUACCAUGCUUGUCUUCGAAUGUUGUAUUUACGUAAAGAUUGCCAUUUGUUCAUUUACUAUAAUGGGGGAUCCUGUUUUCUACAAACAAUGCCUGCAGUAUCGCGGUCAGCCUUGAAUUUCCGUGGCUUCAAUGAAAGAGGGCAGUCGUUCUCCCCUUGGCUAACGGGUGUAAAAUGGCAAGCUAUUUAGCAGUGCACAUUAUUAGCGUUUCAUUCGGUGAUGUCAUUCCCUCUGAGACCUUGAAGUAGUUGUCUCCCUUGCUCUGCGAGGGCUGCGGCUUUUGUGGAGCGAUAGGUAACGAAGUUUCCUGGGUGAAACGUCGUGUUCAGAGGGGUCCCUGGUUCGAGCCCAGGCAUCACAGGAGGAACUGAAGGGGUCAUACAGGCGACUGUGCAUGCUCUACCACCCAGACAAGCACAGAGACCCUGAAUUGAAAAGGCAGGCGGAACAGCUCUUUAACCUAGUGCAUCAAGCUUAUGAAGUCCUUAGUGACCCACAGUCACGAGCUAUCUAUGACAUCUAUGGCAAGAGAGGACUGGAUGUUGAAGGAUGGGAGGUGGUGGAGAGAAAAAGAUCACCAGUAGAGAUCCGAGAGGAGUUUGAGCGUCUGCAGAGAGAGAGGGAGGAGAGACGGCUACAGCAGAGGACCAAUCCCAAGGGGAUGAUCAGUGUGGGUGUAGAUGCCACAGACCUCUUUGAUCGCUAUGAGGAGGAUUACGAGGAUGUGCCUGGAGGGGGCUUCCCACAUGUUGAGAUCAACAAGAUGCACAUAUCACAAUCCAUAGAGGCCCCCCUCACCACCUCAGACACAGCUGUUCUCUCUGGCUCCCUCUCAACCCACAAUGGAAACGGAGGAGGAAACAUUAAUGUGGCACUGCGGAGAGUCAUCUCUGCUAAGGGCUGGGGGGAGGUGGAGUUUGGGGCAGGAGACACACACGGGCCCCUCUUAGGUAUGAAGAUAUUCCGCAACCUCACAGCUCGCUGCUUUAUGACUGCUCAGUGUGGACUCCAUUUCUCGUCCCGGGGCGUGCGGCCUGGUUGCACCACGAUGCUGGCUCGGCACCUGGACAAGAACACCAUGGGCUACCUGCAGUGGCGCUGGGGCACCCAGUCCUCCAUGAACACCAGCAUCGUCAGGGACACGAAGACCAGCCACUUCACCUUGGCCAUGCAGCUUGGGAUCCCUCACUCCUUCAUGAUGAUGAGCUACCAGUACAAGUUCCAGGAUGAUGACCAGACCAAAGUCAAGGGCUCAAUCAAAGCUGGCUUUUUUGGGACGGUGGUGGAGUAUGGUGCAGAGAGAAAGAUCAGUCGGCACAGUGUCUUGGGGGCGACUGUCAGUGUAGGAGUACCUCAGGGCAUCUCCCUCAAGAUAAAGCUGAACCGAGCCAGCCAGACAUAUUUCUUCCCCAUCCAUCUGACUGACCAGCUCCUGCCCAGUGCAGUGUUCUACGCCACGGUUGGACCACUCGUCUUCUACCUCGCUAUUCAGAGACUCGUCAUCAGGCCCUACGUGCGUGCCCAGAAGGAACAGGACCUGGAGAAGCACCGGGAGAGUUCAGCCUCGGACAUUGCUAGGAAAAGGCAGGAGGCAGAGUCUGCUGUUUUGCUAAUGCAGGAAUCUGUGCGCAGGAUCAUUGAAACUGAGGAAUCUAAAAUGGGUCUCAUCAUCCUCAACGCCUGGUACGGCAAGUUUGUGACGGACAACAGUCAGAAGCAUGAGAGGGCAAAGGUCAUCGAUGUGACUGUUCCGCUGCAGUGCCUGGUGAAGGACUCCAAACUCAUCCUCACAGAGGCCACAAAGUCAGGACUACCUGGGUUCUAUGACCCCUGUGUGGGGGAGGAGAAGAGUCUGAAGUUACUGUAUCAAUUCCAGGGAGUGAUGCAUCAAGUCCUCUCUUCUGAAGGGGAAGCACUCAGGAUACCAAAACAAUCUCACAGGAUUGAUCCCGACACAUAGGAACCUAUUUUCUGGACCGAAUGGGACAUUACACAACGUUAAACUGAUAGUUUGACAAUGGAUGGACAGACUUGUAUUAUAGAGACACCAAUUUACCCCUUGUGUCCUAAAAAAAGUCCUGCAUAUCCCCUCUUUAUGUUGUCCAUAGGAGGAGAAAUGGCAGAAACUUACUCAACAGGGGGUUGCCCUAUUGAAUGAAAAUCAGUCUAAAGUCACUUAAAAUGGGAUGGUCGUAAUCUCAAAGUUCUCCCCUUUCAGGUAUGGCUUGUAAUGGAUGACUCAGUACUGUAUGGACACUGCAGUGCCUAUGUGACCCUCUUGAAUGUAUUAAUGCACUUCUAUAUAUUUGCCAUAUUAUUAAAAUCUCUUCCAAGCUGCAAUAGCCCAGUUUGGAAAUUGAGCGGGAAACAAUAUUUUUUUCACACAAUUGUUUUGUACAACAAACUAUUAGUCAAAAGAUUAACCCGAAGUUGAUUGGAAGUGUACCCCACCUUCUGUAUUGUUUUAACUGUCAGAUCAAUGUAUCUACUGACAUGAUUGCCCAAUAAGGCUAUGUCAUCUGGGUGUUCCUGUGCCUGACAGGUCAGUGAAUAGUACAAGGCUGACCUGACUCUGAUAACAUGACAUACUGUACUUAAAGUACAGAAAAAAACGCAUGAGAUCUAGGCCUAUAUUCAGUUAUGUAACUUCAGUGGUUUAUUGACAUGUACAUCUAAUGCAUUUACACUUUAGUUCUAGGGAAUGUAUUAGAAAACGUAUGUGUUCAUGAAAUUGUAUUUUUGAAAUAUAUAUAUAUAUUAAAAACAUUCAGGUCAUGUUUGUAAAGGCCUACAUGCGCAAAUGUCAAUGGAAUCUUUUUCAACUUCAUUUGUGUCUUAAUCCUUGAUUGAUUUUAAUUCAGGAAUAAAAACUCAGUCCAGGAAGGUCCCUUUAAACUCGUGGGAAAAGUAUACUAUAUUAUCCAAAUAAUGUUUUGUAGAUGUCAGCAAGAUGGAUAGGGCUGCAAAGCUUUCCAAAAUAAAUAUUUUGCACUCAUUGACCAAGAGGAAAUUGGAAAAAGUCUUGUCUUCAAGACUGUUUUCAGAAGAGGAUCAGCAAAUGAAUUUAACUCCUUGUUAAAUUCCUUGUUUAACUCCUUGUUAAAUUCCUUGUUUAACUCCUUGUUAAAUUCCAAUACAAAAUAGCUUUCCAAUAAAACCAAUGUCAAUUAAUGGGUCAGCUGAUAUCAAUCACAACUAUCCUCUGUACACUUGGCCAUAUAGAUACUUUACCAGCAGCCCUGGACAGAUUCGUCCAGCUGCGUAGACUUGACAACUCGGCGCGUGCUGCCUUCAAUUUGAACCUCAUUUUGUUGAUCAGCUGGCUCUUCAUUUGUAACCUUCUGUUGAGCCAUUUGUUGGUAUCCAAGGUUUUGAAUAGCUGGGCCUUCACUGCACAUGGGUCGGACAGCGAGUAACUGUGAUCAGAGAUGACGACAUGCUAAAUAAAGAAAAUCAGUUAUGACUGAAUCAUUUCAGGUGUUUAGAUUCAAUGUGAUACUGCAGAAAUAUCUGUAACAACCCUAUGGUUUAGUCUCAAACCAUACAGAAUACAAUGUUGCACAAGACUCACAUAGAAGUUGAGUAUUAGAAGACUGACUGGGUAGGGUAAAGACUAGCUAAGAAUGCUCAACUUCAAGAUAUACAUAAUAUCACAUCUCAAUGGAGUUGAGUGGCAAUUACUUUUGGCCAAUGAUGUGUAUUAACCCUGGAUUGCUGAUGCUUGGCCAUUGAGUGGCUUUGAAUCCACCGGUCAGUUAAAUUGGCACUCCCCAGUAUGAACAGUCCUCCAUAGGAAUUACUGGAAUUUCAAUUAAAUGUUACAACUAUUGUUUUGUUGUAGUGGGGACAGUGACAUUAGUACUAAAAACAAUACUUGAAGGAAAAUGUUUUAUGUUAAGCUAACAAUAUCAUUUAAAAGUAUGUGUUAAGGUGUCUUAUAGAAUAAAUGUGUCAAAACAAAUGUAGACAUUAGCAAACCCAUCAAUAGAAAUGUAUUUGUUAACAACUUCACUAAAACGAUGUGUGCGCUUCCAUGGGGCAGAAGUCGGUGUGUUGUGAUUCUGCAUGGCCAAGUUGCUAGCAAGAAUGACAAAUCUUGUUCUUGAUACCAUGUCUUGUUUUGAUGUGUUUUGAUUGAUUUCAUGUCAAUGCUAAUGUGGCUCAAAUUCUCUAUCUACACUGAACAAAAAUAUAAAAUGCAAUAUGUAAAGGGUUGGUCCCAUGAGCUAAAAUAAAAGAUCCCAGAAAUGUUG